CAGCCACUGAUCAAAGCUCUCUCUCUAUCCCUCCUUUCUUGUCCUCCCUCUCGAUCACAAACGAACUAUGUCCCCAUCCAACGGUCAAGAUCUCGUCUACGAUGUAAGGAUGUCAUCCGUUGUGCCUGCGUCGAUCACCGGUGGGAACGUGGUCCACCAGCUUAGCAACAUGGACUUGGCCAUGAAGCUUCAUUAUCUACGAGCCGUUUAUUAUUUUAAGAGCGAUGCGAUGGUGGGCCAUGAUAUCUUGAGCUUGAAGAAGCCCAUGUUCAAGUGGCUUGAUAUCUACUGCUCUGUGGCCGGCAGGAUUCGGCGAUCGGAGUCUGGGAGACCGUUCAUCAAGUGCAACGACGCUGGGGUCCGGAUCUUUGAAGCUAUGUGCAGAGUGACCGUUGAUGAAUGGCUCGAGAUGGACGAUCCAUCUCGACAUAAACUCCUCGUAUCUAACCAAGUCCUUGGCCCACAAUUGCAGUUUUCGCCUUUGGUCUACGUUCAGUUCACAUGGUUCAGAUGUGGAGGAAUAUCCGUUGGAUUAAGCUGGUCCCACCUCAUCGGAGAUAUAUUCACGGCUUCUAUAUUCAUGAACAUGUGGGGUCAGAUCAUGGCCGGGGAACCGUCAAUCAAAACCGUCCAUCUCCCAAGAACCGAAGUUGAAAGGCCCACCAAACCGGCUUCCAACCCUACAAUCCCGCUUUCAGUGAAACAGGUCAAUAACAUUGGAGAUGAAUGGCUACCAGCCAAUGCCUGUACAAUGUCCACAUGCUCUUUCCAUAUCACAGACAUCCAGUUGAAGCAUCUACGGUCCAAAAUCUCCUAUCAAACUGGGUCUUUUGAAGCGAUCUCAGCCCUAUUCUGGCAAUGUGUGGCCAGGAUUAGAGAAGAAAAGGAACCAAAGAUGGUGACCGUUUGCAGAAAUGAUUCAAAUGCUAAAGGAAGUGGGAUCUUGAUCAAUAAUCAGGUAAUCAGCACCGUUAAAACAGAUUCUCAUGUGGCCAAUGCUGAGUUGUCAGAACUAGCAGCGCUGAUCGCUGGAGGGACCAUGGAUGAGAGCAAGGAGAUCGAAGAGAUGGUCGAGAGCGAUGACAAGUCAGCAGAUCUCAUCAUCUACGGUGCAAAUCUCACGUUUGUGAACUUGGAAGGUGUAGAUUGUUAUGGGCUGGAAAUGAAGGGCCAGAAACCUAUCUCGGUCUACUUCGGCAUCGACGGAGUAGGCGAUGAAGGGACUGUAUUGGUGCUUCCAGGACCCGUCGAUGGAGGAUGUGAUGGUGGGGCCCACGGCGGGAGAAUGGUAACGGUCAUUCUACUGGAAAAUCAAGUUUCCCUGCUGAGAAAGGAGCUGGAAGGAGAAUGGUGUGCGGCUGGGAUUUAUUAAGCUUCAUGUGGAUGAAGUGUGUAAACUGGUGAAAGCAAUCACUGAUCCAGACCGUCCAUCAGAACCACCACCUCUUGGAUAGAUCAGUCCCAAAUCAAGAUUGAGUGAACGAUCCAAACCAUCCAAUUGAUCGCAAUAUAUCUACUUCACCGAACCUAUCUAAGAGAUGGUCAUUUUGAUGGAGGGUCUGGAUUAGUGAUCACCUUCACCGAUGAGUAAAGGUAAACAAAUCCCUGGUCCGAAAUAUCAGUAUUUGCUACUAUGAAUGCCCGUACUCUUCUAUUUUACAAUGCUAUAAACAUAUAGUACAUGGCCCAGCAUGAUGUGUGGUUGAAAUAGGUAGUGUGCGUGUAAACAUGUGGCUGUGAUCGUGUGUCAUUUUAAAGAAUUAUAUACUGGUGUUUCCUGUGA